AGGACCUUCUUGCUGUGAGGCGACAGCGCUAACCACUACACCACCGUGUCGCCACAGUUCAUCAUGUCAUACUCUUUUGCAGAAAUUAUGACAGUCAAAGACAGGAACUGCUCGCACAGAUGCGUGGACUUGGUUUGGAAGAGGUGACGUUGAAAAGCAUUUUAGAAAUAGGAUCAAGUGGAAAGGGAAGACGAUUUUUCUUAGUUUUUAUUGGACACUGGGCCUUAAGUAGGCAUCAAUCCUGUAGAUGGCAGCAAUGCAACUACUUGGAUGCCGGCUGCCGUAAAACUCCAAAGAAGAAGAAGAAUUCCUCCACAAAAUGGCAGAAGUCAGGGUGCUAAUUCUUUAGGGUGUCGGUGUAGCACUGAAUAUACAGUCCCUCAGUUCAAAAACAAAAUAUUUAAAUAUAUUACAUAAGAAUAUAUUUAUACAUUUUAGCGUCUAAAAUAUUUUUUUUCUAAAGUGUUUCGUCGUGGCUGUUUGUUUCUAGUCGAGCUCAUUAAAUCGGUGCACUUGUCAGUACGCUGCAGUAAUAUUUCGAAUAGGAAUUUACAGCAUUCUUGAGAAACAACACUGUGGGUCGAGUCCUCUGGAGCUUAGAGCAGGAGCAAAAUGCUGCUGUUUUGCCCAACAUGUGGAAAUGUGUUGGUCGUAGAAGAGGGUCAGAGAUGUUACAGAUUCGCCUGUAACACAUGUCCUUACGUUCACAACAUUACCAGGAAGGUCAACAACAGGAAGUAUCCCAAACUGAAAGAAGUGGAUGAUGUUCUUGGGGGUUCAGCUGCCUGGGAGAACGUGGAUUCAACUGCAGAACCCUGUCCAAAGUGUGAGCACCCAAGGGCUUAUUUCAUGCAAAUACAGACCAGAUCUGCUGAUGAACCGAUGACUACAUUCUACAAGUGCUGCAGCCCACAGUGUGGCCAUCGGUGGAGAGACUAAGUGCUAUCCCAAUGCACCAACUCUGGUCCCGGAGUACCCUGUAUUCUACACUUUAGAGCUGGAAAAACACUCAUAUGCAGGACCAGGGUUGGGAAACCUGCGCUGGCCAAUGAUACUUUACUCUAUGAAGAACACCUGUGUGUCCACACCCAGCUCUUUCUCUGGAACCUUCUCUAGUUUAAACUAAAAUGCCCUGAGAGGUUGUUGUUCUGAAGUUUGGGCAAUAACCUGGAAUGUAUGUUCUUCAAGCUAGGACUUAUAAACAUAUUGCCUAGCAGUAAUCAAGCUUAAUUGUCUUCAGUUUUUGUUUAUUUUAUUUAAGAUGCAUUCAACUUUUCCUUUUCAGUUAAGAUGAUUAAAAUUGACUCAACUCUAACUGCCUUAAUUAAAACAUUACAAUAACAUGACCACUCUCAGAAGAUAUGAUUAUUUUAUUAUUCUCAGAAUAAUAAUUGCACACAGUUUGUUCUUUACAUGACACUUCCAGUUCAGAAGAUGUAUUAUACCACAAACUACUUGUAUUUGUUGGUCUAAAUAUCCUGGAACACAAGCUCUACAUAUAUUCAGUCUUUCACAGCAAGAAGCCACUUUGCAAAGCAUCAUAGGCCUACGAGGUUCAAAAGAAAGUUGCAUUAAAGGGAAUCAGCUCAAAUUCAGAGGAGCAUGCAUAUAGUUGUUUUUUUUUUAUGUAUACUUGAUUGUUUGCGUCAUGUUCGUGCUGUUAUCUAAAUAUACAGACAAAUUGAAUAAGGACAAUAAAGCACAACAGGUCUUUAAAACAAAA